CCUUUGCCGUCUUGAUAUGACCGAACCUUUGCUUGACUCUUCGUCCGACGACGAGCCGUCUCUCGUUCUGCCCGAAAAUAUUAACCAACCGUUUACCACCGGUGCGGAGGUAUUUGGGUGGUGUCUCUACUCUUGGGCUGCCGAGCCGUUUAUCGUCAGCGUCGUGGGCACAUACGUUCCAUUGCUGCUUGAGCAAAUUGCAAGAGACAAUGGUGUGAAACUUAUUGACAAGAUUACACCCUGCAACCAGCCCCAUGACCCUACAAUUCCGAUUCCCUCGCCUCCCAAAGACGGAGACUUCCCCAACAGCACACUAACAUACGCUUCGCAGAACGACUCUUGCGUACUUCCCAUGUUUGGUGGCCGCUUUUACAUCGACACCUCCUCCUACGCGCUUUAUACAUUUUCAAUGUCGGUCCUUAUCCAGACAAUUCUUGUGAUUUCCAUGUCUGGAGCUGCUGAUCGAGGGUCCCACAGAAAAUCGAUGCUUGUCGGGUUCGGAGUCACUGGGGGCCUGAUCACCAUGUGUUAUUGGUUGGUGGACGAUAGGAACUACUAUAUGGCGUCGAUGCUGGCGAUAUUGGCCAACAGCGCGUUUGGAGGAGUCAAUGUUUGCGGAAACUCGUUUCUGUCGCUCUUGGUGAAUAAUCAUCCGUCGGUUCGACAGAUACACCUAUCGAAAUCCUUAAAAUUGGCAAGAAUGGGUGAAAUAUCGUCCAAAAUCAGCGGAAUCUGCGCUGCCUCCGGCUAUAUUUCCGCUCUUCUGAUGCAGAUCAUCACAAUGCUUGUUAUUCUCCAUGUGAGAAAUAAUCCAAAUAUAGACUCGCUCAUCUACCCUCUGAAGCUAGUUAUUGGUUUGGUAGGACUGUGGUGGUUUGUUUUCCAGCUGCCCAUACAGUUCUUGCUGAAACCACGGCUUUCCAAGGAAUUGCACGUCUCGAUUGAGCCUCCGGACCCAUCGAAGCCAGGUUACUCCGUUAAUAUCGUAAGAUAUAAAAUGCUCGUGGUGGGAGCGUAUAUUUUGCAUGGCUACAAAACCCUUUUCUCUGCUGCCAGAGCGGCGUCGCAACUAAAAGACAUCAUGGCGUUUCUUUUGGGCUGGUUCAUCAUCUCCGACUCGCUCACGACAAUCAACUCCACGGCCAUUUUGUUUGCCAAGUCAGAUCUGCAAAUGACAACGGUGCAGCUGUCUCAAAUCGGCGUCCUCACAAUGAUAUCCGCCAUUGCUGGGUCCGUGCUGCUUCCAAACGUAAUCCAACCAUACUUCAAGCUCGGACUCAAACAGACCAUGAUUCUGAUUAUCGUAUGGGCAUCCUUAAUCCCGCUAUACGGGAUUUUGGGCUUUUUUAUUCGGUCAUUGGGUCUCCACCACGCCGUGGAGAUGUACGUACUGGCUAUCUGGUACGGCUUCUCUCUCGGAGGCGUGGCCACGAUCUCAAGAAGUCUCUACUCGAUGCUGAUUCCACCGGGUCAGGAGUCUGUGUUUUUCGCGCUGUUUAGCAUCACAGAUAAAGGCUCUUCUAUUGUUGGACCAUUUUUGGUGGGCCUCAUCAUUGACAAAACACACGAUAUUCGCAAAUGUUUCUGGUUGCUCUUUGUGUUUCUGAUCGCUGCCGUCCCUGUCUUUUGGUACGGAAUCGACGUUGAUCGUGGGAUCAACGAAGCCACCGUCUUGGAACACGAACAGGAUGGAUAGACUCUUAAAUGCCCCAGAUGUUCACAACCCCGUCGUCGCCACAGCUGGCCCAUUCGUAGUCGUCACUGUCGGUUGGCUUCCAGUCUAUGCAGUUGAUGAGAGACUUGUGCCCUUUCAAACACUCUAUGAGAUUUCCAAAUUUUUUGUUCCAAAUGUAAAUCAGGCCGUCCUCGCUACCACUAAGAACAAGGUUCCUAUCUGUAACGCAGCCCCUAAUUAUGUAGUCCGACUGUUGGAGUCCGUAGUAUUUGUUCACGAGGUACGGUCUGGACGUCUUGGAAAUGUUCCAAAGUUGUAACUCGUCUGCCUUCACGUUUAUCAGACAGUGGUCGGGAUCGUCAGGCGAAACGGUUAUGGAGGUCAAUUGUUUUUCAAUAUUGAUGAUACUAGAAAGCUCGUAGCUGGAGGAAGUGAUGUCGUAAAUCAUCAGUUGGCACGAGUGCGUCACAACAAGCAACUUCUCGUCGUUGACCAGAGCCAGAUCUUCUAUUCGGUGCGAGAUCUUGAAAUCAUAUACCAGCUCCUUGUCCAAGUUGAAGAUGCACAGCUUUUUGUCUGGUGAGCCGAUGAUAAACUGGUCACUGUUUUUGAAAAACUCUACUGACCGGAUCCGGACAUUUGAGUUGAAUAGAUCCUGGUCGGAGAUGGUGGCAAUGCAGCUACCCGAUUCAAGAUCCCACACCUUGACGGUCUGGUCGAAAGAAGAGGUGAUGAGCUUGGAGUCAUCGCGAGACCACGACAGGUAGAUGAUCGUAUUGUCGUGACCAAUGAGGUGCUUGUGCAAUCGGUAAGUUUGGGUAUCGUAAACAGCAAUUGUUUUAUCAACCGAAGCACUGGCCAAAUAUUUCCCCGUGUUGGAGUAUUUAACGAACCAGCACUCGUUUUCAUGGUGCUCAAGGCGCAUCUUCAGAUUUUUGGGGAACUUGUCCUUCAUGUAUGUAUUUGCGUCUCUUAGUAAGGUCAGAGGAUGGGACGAGGUGGUCGUAGGAAUGUAGUAAGGGUCGUUUAGCUGCUGGUAGGCCAAGGCCUGUUGCAGCAGCUGUGCUAGUCUAUUCGGUGGUACAACCUUAUCCGAGGGGAGCAGCGCUAGUACCUGGUUGACAAGGCUCUCUCUCGAAGCACGAAAGUCUCCUCCAAUUUGCCAUCCUAGCUCCUCGAGUAAAGCCUCAGUGCUGGAGUCAACAAGCUCGACCUGGUCUCCAAAACUGACAAGCAAAGAGCUCAAAUUCUUGCUCAAGCUUUCCACCUUUUCAUCGUCAGGAAAGUCUGCUGUGAGGGUUCUGAGAGUUCGCAAUGCUCGGUUGUUAUUUCUAAGGAGUAUCAGACUUUCUAAAAACAAGGUCUUUUUGAUCAGCACACGGACGUCUCGUUGUAUUCUUGCUAAUUGCAAGUCAUCCCCCACGAGCUGGGCUAUAUGGUUGUUUAUCAAUUCUAAAGAACUUGCACCCUCAAGGUCUACUUUGGCGUCACGUAAAAAAUCGCUGAACUCUCUAAGUUGGCUGUCUGUGACUUGGAGGCCUGUAGUCUGGCUUAUGUGGUCAGCGAUGUCCUUGAACGGGCCUCCCAAAUCUGUUAAAUACUGCAUGAUCAGUAGCAAUAGCUGAUCGUUCUUGAUCGAGCUCAUUUCAGGGGCUAAACCCGGUAUGGCAGCAGAGAGAAG